UGUUUAAAAGCUAGAAUGAAACAGUUGUCUGCAGCUACAAUUCGCCUCCUGUCAAGUUCUCAGAUAAUCACUUCAGUGGUUAGUGUUGUAAAAGAGCUUAUUGAAAACUCCUUGGAUGCUGGUGCUACAAGCAUAGAUGUUAAACUGGAAAACUAUGGUUUUGAUAAAGUUGAGGUGCGAGACAAUGGUGAGGGUAUCAAGGCUGUCGAUGCACCAGUGAUGGCAAAGAAGUACUAUACCUCAAAAUUAAAUAGUCAUGAAGAUCUUGAAAAUUUGACCACUUACGGUUUUCGUGGAGAAGCCUUGGGAUCAAUUUGUUGUGUAGCUGAGGUUUUAAUUACAACAAGGACAGCUGCUGAUAAUUUUAGUACCCAGUAUGUUUUAGACAGCAGUGGCCACAUAAUUUCUCAGAAGCCUUCACAUCUUGGUCAAGGUACAACUGUAACUGUUUUAAAAUUAUUUAAGAGCCUACCUGUAAGAAAGCAAUUUUACUCAACUGCUAAAAAAUGUAAAGAUGAAAUAAAAAAGGUCCAAGAUCUUCUCAUAAACUAUGGUAUUCUUAAACCUGACUUGAGGAUUAUUUUUAUACAUAACAAGGCAGUUAUUUGGCAGAAAUCUAAAGCAUCGGAUCAUAAGAUGGCUCUUAUGUCAGUUCUGGGUACUGCCGUGAUGGGCAAUAUGGAAUCCUUUCAGUACCACUCUGAAGACUCUCAGAUUUCUCUAAGUGGAUUUCUUCCAAAGCACGAUGCAGAUCACUCUCUCACAAGUCUUUCCACUCCUGAAAGGAGUUUCAUCUUUAUAAAUGAUCGACCAAUUCAUCAAAAAGAGGUAUUAAAGUUAAUUCGGCAUUACUACAAUUUAAAGUUCCUAAAAGAAUCUUCUCGUCUUUAUCCCAUUUUCUUUCUAAAAAUUGAUGUACCUACAGCUAACGUGGAUGUAAAUUUAACACCAGAUAAAAGUCAAGUAUUACUACAGAAUAAGGAAUCUGUUUUAAUUGCUCUUGAAAACCUAAUGACAACUUGUUAUGGACCACUACCUAGUACAAAUUCUUGUGAAAAUAAUAAAACAGAUGUUUCCUCAGCUGGCAUGAUUAUUAAUAGAACAGUACAAACAGAUGUGCUUUUUAAUGACAUGGAAUCAUCUGGAAAUAAUUAUCCAAAUGUUGAUACGUCAGCCAUUCCUUUCCAAGAUGAUGUACAGAAUGAUGAACCUCAAAAAAACACUAAUAAUUGUACAAAUCAUCAUUUACUUGUUGAUAAUCAUCUUGAUGACUUUUGCAGUGAAAAUUCUUGCAUUGAUAAGAACACGAAAAAUCCGUUUCAAGAGAGUCCAUCAAAUAAUUUGUCAUGUGAGGAUGCCCAAAGCAAAGAUCAUGAAACUUAUUUUGGAGGUUCUGUCAAGCACAUUCAAUUGGAAAACGGCAGUAAAGGUCAUGUAGAUGGGAAUGAGGAAAAUGAGGGAGCAGCAGUCCCAGAGACGUCUCUGGAAAUCUUCGCAGAUGACUGGAGCAAGGGAAAGGUACUUAAAAAUUCAAUGGGAGAGAACAUUGAACCUGUGAAAAUUUUAGCACCACAAGGAGACUUAACAUGUAGUAAUAAUCAUCCAAAUCCUGAACCCAAGAAUCUCUGUGAAAAUCACAGUAACAAAAAGUCAAACAUGGUAGAUGACAAAUCUGGGCAGCUUACAGCUUAUGAUUUAAUUAGCAAUCGCGUAAUCAAGAAACCCAUGUCAGCAAGGGACUUUUUUGUUCAAGAUCAUCGUGCUAAAUUUCUUAUGGAAAAUUCCAAGACCAAUUUGAAGGAUGCAGUAGGACAAAUUGAAGAACUGUGGAAGACAUUGAAUGAAGAGGAGAAACUGAAAUAUGAAGAGAAAGCUGCUAAAGACAUGGAGCGAUACAAUAAGCAAAUGAAGAAAGCUACCGAACAGGAGUCACAGGUACCGUUAAAAGAUGGCGGAAAAAAGGCAAGACCUACCAGUGCAUGGAGUUUGGCCCAGAAGCACAAGAUGAAAACUUCCUUAUCCAACCAGCCAAAACUUGAUGAGCUUUUUCAGUCACAAAUUGGGAAAAAAAAGACUCAAAGUAUUAAAGUAGUACAUGUCCCUUUUUCUAUGAAAAUCUUAAAACUUAACUGUGAAAAAUAUAAGAAAUUUGGCUUAGAAGAGAAGGAUGAAUUUUGCUUGAUCCACAAUCUUAAAUUUCCUGAUGCCUGGCUAAUUGCUUCCCCCAAAGAAGUGAUGUUAUUAAAUCCGUAUAGGAUGGAAGAAGCCCUGCUGUUUAAAAGACUUCUUGAGAAUCAUCAACUUCCUGCAGAGCCACUGGAAAAUCCAAUUAUAUUAAAGGAGAGUCUGUUUAGUGGAUCUCAUUAUUUAGAGAUUUUACAUAAAAUGACAACAGAUGGAAAAGGAUACAGUGGAUCAACUUACCUGUCUGAUCCUCGUCUUACCGCAAAUGGUUUCAAGAUAAAAUUGAUACCAGGAGCUUCCACUGCUGAAAACUACUUAGAAAUAGAAGGAAUGGCUAAUUGUCUUCCAUUCUACGGAGUAAUGGAUUUAAAAGAAAUUCUUAAUGCUAUAUUAAACAAAAAUGCGAAAGAAGUUUAUGAAUGUAGACCUCGAAAAGUUUUAAGUUAUUUAGAGGGAGAAGCAGUGCGUCUCUCUAGACAGCUACCCUUGUACUUAUCAAAAGAGGAUGUGUUAGACAUUGUCCACAGAAUAAAGCACCAGUUCCAAGGGGAAAUUAAAGGGUGUGUUCAUGGUCGCCCAUUUUUUCAUCAUUUAACUAAUCUUCCAGAAACUGUUUGA